CUCGCUGCGCCCGCGCCGCCAAGAUGGCGGACCUGCACCGCCAGCUGCAGGAGUACUUGUCGCAGGGGAAGGCGGGCGGCGGGGACGCCCAGGAGCCGCUGCUCGCCGCGGACCCGGCGGCGGAGAGCGCGGCAGGCGGAGGGCCGGGCCGCGCGUGGCUGGAGCGCGUGGGGCUGCGCUGGGCGCGGAGGGAGCCCGCGGGCGCGGACGCGGCGUGGCUGCCCGGCCUGGGGCGCACGCAGCGGUGGGCGGCGGCCGGCGUGUGCCUGCUGCUGGCCGCGCUCUGCUUCGGCCUGGCGCUGCUCUACGCGCCGAUGCUGCCACUGCGGGCGCGCAAGUUCGCGCUGCUCUGGUCGCUGGGCUCGGUGCUGGCGCUGGCGGGCGGCGCGCUGCUGCGGGGCGGCGCGCCGUGCGCCCGGCCGCUGUCGGCGCCCGCGCUGCUCUACGGCGCCGCGCUGGUUGCCACGCUGUACGCCGCGCUGCGCCUGCGCAGCACGCCCUGGACGGCGCUGGGCGCAUGCGCGCAAGUGGCCGCGCUGCUGGCCGCGUUGCUGGAGGCGCUGCCGCGGGGCGCGGGCACAGCGCUGCGCCUGGCGCUCGGGCGCCUGGGCUCCGGCGCGCGGCUGGCCCCGGCGCUGCCCGUGUGA